AUGGAUUUUGAACAAAGAAAUGAUAAUACCAUCAGUAGUUUGCCAGACGAUAUCCUUUGCCAUAUCAUUUCUUUUCUUCCUUUCAAAUCUGCUGUCCAAAAGUUCCUUUCAACGAGAUGGAAAGACCUGUGGAAGAGGAACUUUUUGGUACUGAAAGGAACCAUGGGUGAUGCUUUUAUUGCAAUUUCAAGCUUUCUCAAUGAAGUUUCUGAUCAAUCCCACCAGCCAACAAGCAACUGGGGGUUCCAAUUCAAUCUUGGCAGAGGCAGUUCCCUCUCGGUAACUGUUGAACCCGGUAAAGCACUUCAUCUUGACUUUUCCACUGUCACGCAUGAGUUUCCAUGGCGGUUUGAUUGCUUGCUGGAGAUAAACGGCUUCAGCUACAAGGACUGGUUUGGUUUCUUGUGGUUACACUAUCGAAAUCGCCAAAUCCACACUCCCCAACCUUCACCCUUUACAUUCAAAGUAAAAUCUCUCCUUCUAAUAUCAGUUAGUUACCUUUCUAGUGGGGCAAUUUCUUCAAUGAUAUCGAUUUUCAAGUUACUGGAAAGUUUGACAAUAGAAAAAUGCAAUGGUUUGCGAUCUUUACAUAUAAAAGCUGGCGAUUCGGGGCUUAAAAUUUUAACCAUCUUGGAUUGCCAACAAUUAGAAUCCCUCCAAUUUAAGGGUUACAAUUUACAGUCCCUUCGAUACCGAAGCAGAUUAGUAUGUUUUAAAUGUGGUGACAAUGACUCAGCAUUCUUCUGGGUUUGGCCUUGGUUUAGGUCUUUUCGGCUGGAUGAUGCCAUGCUGGAUUUCAGACAAGGCCCUGCCUACAACAGCAUCUUUAGCUGUGGGUUUAAAUCAAUCCUUCACCGCAUUAACGGUUUUAAAUCUCUUACACUUUGCAAAUGGGUUUUCGAGGCAUUGAUCUGCCCAAUGCUACCAUCACCCCCUUUCUGUUGGGAACUCGGCUUCCACCAGCUAACAGAGUUGUGGUGGAUUGACUAUUCAAAGGAGAGAUAUAAUAGCAAUGCUUUGAUCUCCUUUUUGAAACUUUGUCCUCGCUUGAGAAGACUAUAUACCACAAUUGAUCCUAAAAGCUAUAGAAGGACAAACAAGAACAACAAUUCAGUGAAAGUGAUCACAAGGCUUCCAAUAUUGGAAGAUCUCAAGGUUGUGAAAUUGGAAGGAUUUCCAAAUGAAAAGGAAGAGAUUAUGUUGGCAAAGAGGUUGAAACAAGAAUUCAAUGUGGAACCACUGAUUGUAGCCAAGUCAAAUUAUUUGAAUUGUGUGAGACUUCUGGUAAAAUCACCUGAGGAGCUGCUAAAGGAAGGGAGAGAUGCAUACAAGUUUAUAGAGACAAGAGUUGAACAUUCGUAUGAUUUAUGCCCUCAACAUGUUCACAUGAGCUUCUAAGUGCAAAACAUGUAACAAAGCAUGUAACACCUGA